UCACCCUUGGUUCCUCUGUGGGCACACCUCCUGCCUCAGUCUCCCCAGAGAGGAGUCUCUCCAUCCCGGGCAGACUGGUUCUUCUAAAAUAUUCCUAGCAUGGGUGCGGUGGUGCCUGCAGGGCAGCCGAACACCAGCUCACUUUUUCCUCUGAGGCAUUAGUCACCCUUCCUCUUCCCCUCCGGGCCCCACUGCUCUGGGCUCCAUCCCCGAGGGAGCAGACACCGCGGGCCCCUGGCUUCCUCUGCCAGGGAACCACCACCAGCGAGGAGGGUCAGCUCCGGCUGGAGGAGCAGGGAACAGCCUCUCUGCCUCAGGGCUGUCAGGAGGCCAGGCUUAGCUGAUGCUUCUGGCUUUCUUUGGGGAUCGGCUCAUGGAAGAAGGGGAUGGUGGCUUGGGACUCGGGCCUCUGAAAAGCAUCCCUUCCCAGAGGCAGAUGUCACCGUCCAGUUGUCUGUGUCUCCUCGUCUUUGUCGUCCUGAUUCUGCCCAGCAGAGGGCAGACACCAGAAAAGGCCACAUCCAGUUUUGCGGAGGACCAGACUUCUGUGAAUACUCAUGUCCCAGAUAAAACCAACCCAGAAGUCCAGCCUACCACUCCCAUCCCAAACUGGGGAGCUGAUGAAACCACACAAAGCCAGACAGCGGCCAAAACCGAGACGGAGCAACUGACAAAAAUGGGAGUGAACACCAUGGAUCCAGCGACAGGGACAGAUCCAGGGACAGAUCCAGGGACACACAGGAGCAGUAAGGAAGCUGAAGGUACCACGACGCUCCCUGGGAUCAGCACUCCAAGACCAACCAAAGACAGGAUGCGGCACCACUUACCCAAGGCACGAGAUAAGGAUGAGAAUGACCCCUUCUACUAUGAUGAUUUCACUCUCCGGAAACGGGGGCUGCUGGUGGCCGCCGUGCUGUUCAUCAUGGGCAUCAUCAUCCUCACCAGUGGGAAGUGUAGACAGUUGUCCCAAAUGUGCCUGAAUCGCCACAGAGCCUACAGAGUGGUCAACACAAAAGGAACCCAGAAAGAAGAGGCCACUGGAGGGAGCCUGGCCUAAGGCUGGUGGCCUCCCCACCCUGAGGGUGCCUGGCUCCCCAGGCACUGCCCUGCCCCUUAUCUAAUCUGUUCAGAU